CUGUUUGUUACCGAGUAGAGGCCGACAGCGAGCUCCGAUCUCGCGCUAAAUAGAAACAUGGCCCCAGGGUACGUACCCGGGAGUUAAAACCCACUGUAAGGCUGUCUAAGCUCAUUUACGUAGGGAAAGCCAGUGAGAGGUGGUAAAACUGUCCUUGUUCUCAAAUAAACAGCCUGUGUCGCCGGGAGAUUAUACGUGUUAAUUCAGGACAGCGACAGUUAAUCUGAAGGUCAAAGCUCAACUUGUAGACCAUUUUUAACAAACAUCUCCAUGUAACGAGACAGUACUGACGAUUAUUGAACCGGGAAAGGAGGUACUGUACUUUCUGGAAGACUGGAAGACCUUUAAGAACAUCAACUCUGGACAUUGGAAACUAUUAACGAUUGGACAAUGUCCUCUCCUCACACACCGGUCGCCUCCCCACCAAUAUCACAGAAUGGUCACUCGUUUUCCAAAAUCUCCGGAGUGCCCUGCCCAGCGACACCAACCCGCUACACGGCACCUGUCCAUAUCGACGUAGGCGGAGUCAUAUAUACGUCAUCGUUGGAGACGCUUACUAAAUGCCCAGAGUCCAAGCUAGCACGUAUGUUCAAUGGCAACAUUCCUAUCAUUCUGGAUAGCCUCAAGCAACAUUACUUCAUCGAUCGGGAUGGCAAAAUGUUCCGCCACAUCCUCAACUAUCUCAGGUCCUCCCGGCUGAUGCUGCCCGAAGGCUUCCGAGAGUACGACCAGCUUAUUGAGGAGGCAAGAUACUACGAUUUACACGGCAUUGUCAGGGAAGUUGAGAUUUUGCGCAGGUGCAAGAAUAUCAAAAUGGAGAAAUCGGAAGUGGGAAGUUCAGUCAAUGCGCAGAAGCAGCACCAACCACAACAAAUGCGCAGUGGCGAGUUUUCCGACUGCAUUGCUGUCAGUAUCAGCCCCGAUCUUGGCGAAAGGAUUUCUCUCAGUGCCGAGAAACAUCUGCUAGAAGAAGUUUUCCCUGAGCUCACUCCAGCUCUGAUGGACUCCAGGAACUCUGGAUUUAACUUGGACAACAGAUACGUCAUUCGUUUCCCUGUCAAUGGCUUCUGCAAACUAAAUUCCAUCCAGGUCCUUCAGCGUCUGUUCAACCACAAGUUUCUUGUCCAUGCGUCUACAGGUGGAGGUGUCGAAGGCCAGCAAUUUACCGAGUACUUGUUUCUCCGAACCAAUUGCAAAUCGCUGUAGGAACGAGAUUACUCAUCCUAAAUAAAAACAUUUAUCACGUGCGCUUGACCGCAUGUUGAACUGUUGGAUAGAAAAACAUGACUGUGAAAGCUGUAAAUAAAGGUGUUGUUAAUUUGUUCCAUGACAGAUAACACUGACUUUUAGAAUACUUCCUGAGAGUAUCGGAACAUUUUUAGUGAAUAGGAAGUUCGAAAUGUUGAGUACUAUGUUGAACCAAGAGUUCAAAAAUUGUAUCUUUAUGUUGAAUCAGGAAUUCAGACUGUUGAAAGGAAUGUUGAACCGAAGUUCAAAAUGUCUAACGGAAUAUGAGUUAAGGAGGUAGAACCGGAAGUUCCCGAUGUACGUUCAGAACAAUUGGCGAAAAAAACGUCUUUAUUCCAAAGCCGAUGUCUGGUCUUUUGACUGAUAAAAGUCCCAUAUUUGUGUGAUUGCAUGUCCUUGUUAGUUAUAUGUUACGCUUGUACUUACUUAGAGACUGGCACAAUACAAUGUCAUUACUUUGAUCGAUUCAUCAGUUCCAUGUUACUUGUGUUGUGUAUAUAUUAUCAGCGUCCCGGUAUAUAAAGUAAUACGCAUGUAUUGAUGACGCAAUUGUUGUUACAGGUCCGAAAUGGAGCAUGCAUUGCACAGAUCGUAUAUGAUUUAUUGUGAUUGUAGAGCUGUUCUCGUCCACUACUUGUACUGAUGAACAAGGAUCCAAAAAAAAUAGCAAGGAAAGCAAUGCCACCUGUUUUACCAUAAUUAUUUUCUCCGUACAGUGCUGUUUUAUUUUUGAUGGCAAGUUUUUUGACUAUCAUGCUGUAAUAAAAUACCCUAAAGACAAGAAUACCUAAAAAUUCAUUUCUUUGAUUUAUAUUAUCGGAUGUGAUUAUGAAUAUCGAAGAUCAUUGAGAAAGCAUUUUUUUGUUUGGUUACGUACCCAGCUCCUUGUUUGGUUAAGUACCCAGCUCCUUGUUUGGUUUGAGUACCUAGCUCCUUGUUUGGUUAAGUACCCAGCUCAUUGUUUGGUUAAGCACCUAGCUCCUUGUUUGGUUAAGUACCCAGCUCCUUGUUUGAUUAAGUAACCAGCUCCUUGUUUGGUUUAAGUACCCAGCUUCUUGUUUGGUUAAGUACCCAGCUCCUUGUUUGGUUAAGUAACCAGCUCCUUGUUUGGUUUAAGUACCCAGCUUCUUGUUCUUAUGUGAAACUUAUGUUUCUGUUUAUUGUGUUUUUGACUACUUUAUUUUCAGCCUAUAGUUCCUUAGAUCAACACAUAAUUACAAUAUAAUUAUGAAAUAAAUUGUUAAUUUCCUAUAAAUUGAAACCCGACUGGACAAUAUAUUCGGAUGUGACAGUGUGCUGCCAGAAACUAGGUAAAGACAGAAAUGUUUUGUGUCCGGAUUUUACAUCGUUUUGUAGAGUCAUGUUUCAAUGCGCACCAUUAGAUUAAGUGAUCUAUUUUAGCUGUUUUUCUAAACGCGGUUUUAUUUACGUAAAAGUCUUGUCAACGGAGGUUUGAAUAGACAACAGUGUGCACUAAUACUGGUAGGUAUAGAAUACCCUUGUUAUGGAUUGUUCCGUUUUCAUUUUCUACAAAGAACAGAUGCCAAUUAUGUUACCUGAACUUGAAUCAUGAAAUCCAUUUGCUUUUACUUCUAUUUUGAAUGUGCCAUUAAACACGAUCACAUUUUC